AGACCCAUUCAAACUUUAAUAGUCUUACUAUCAUUUUGUACGUUCCGGAUGCUCAUAGUAAAAUGACUGUUUAUGGAAAUUGUAUAAAUCAUAAUUCCUACUUCACAAUCAGAUUUGAUUUUAAAAUGUUAAAUGCAAAAUACGACAAAAAUGAUCUUGUCAAUGAGGUUGUUAAGAUUAUUCAUAACAAUGAUCUUAAAGAUGAAAAUUGCAUAGUUGGUAUUGAACUUGGUCUAGAAAAUAAUGGUUUAAUAUCAAGGCCAACCCUUUCUUUCGUUGACAACAUUUCUUGUAAAAUAAAAGAGUGA